CAGAUGCAUAUGGAUGCAAUCUGUCCCUUCAUUACAUAUUAUAUACAUGCAUUUCCAACAAUCCUUCCAGAUGCGACCAAAUCUAUCCAGCUAUUAACCUUUUCCGUCUGUGCGUAAAUGCAUUGCGCGCCAUGUGUCUGCCAUUUUAAACUUUACAUCAAUGGGACUAUUUUUUGCCACAUCCUGGAUCAGAGUGAGUGCGAUACCGCCAUCAAUGACAUGCCUUGCCCACGCGCUGCAUCCUUGUCCAUUCGCGCUGGCUCCAGCAAUUGUGCCUAGUGUUCUGGUUGCGUGGAAACUAAAAGACUGCACUGUCGAAGCAUUUCCAGUGGCGGGUGGUGUUUGCCAGAGCGGCUCUCAGCACAAGUUUAACGAACUGCAAGAGGACCUGAUGGAAGCGAACCAAGAUAUUGACCGAACCUCCUUUCGCGUGGCGCUCUGAUCUGCUGGACCAUUUCAUUGCUGGGCAAUUGCUGAGAAACGCACCAUGAAAAGGAGAGGGAAAGCGGCAAAUACGUGAGUGCUCAACAGCUACUGGGGAGGUUGAUGUGGACUUCACCUCCUGCGCCCAGGUGGUCCUUCCUGGAGCAUGCCCAUAUCCAGCGAUGUCCCUACUUGCAGACUGGUUACUGCGCCACUCAGUGGUCAUGUGUUUGCUGCUGCACAGCCUGGUGCUAAUGACCUUCUGCUUCCACCAUGCUGCCACCAGUUGCUCCAAGAGCUGCUACUGCUCUGAGAGCGAUAGCGGCGGGAAGACAGUGCGCUGCAGCAACCUGCAGCUCACAGAUAUCCCCCAGGAUAUCCCCAAUGACACACAACGCAUCUACCUGGACUUCAACCUCUUCACUACAGUCCCAACAAAUGCUUUUGCAGGUUUGCCCUACCUGGUUGAACUGGAUCUAUCCCACAAUGAACUAAGCCAGUUAGAACCAGGUGCAUUCAGAGGCCUGGGCUCCACACUACAGUUCCUAGACCUUUCUUCUAACAAGUUAGUCAACUUUACCCCUGAGGCCUUCGAGGGCCUGCGGUCUCGCGCCAACCUAACAAACAAUCCCUGGCAUUGUGACUGCAACUUGCAGAUGGCCAUGCCCCGUGUGGACCUGGAGCCUGCGUCGCUGACGGGCAUUGUGUGCCAGACUUCAGAUCCAAAGGAAAUAGGAGUUGAAGGACUUGCCUUCCUGUUGGCUCCAGACAUAGACCUAUGUGUGGUGAUGAAGAGGACCACAGAUGUGGCCAUGCUGGUUGUCAUGUUCGGCUGGUUCACCAUGGUCAUCUCCUACCUGGUCUACUAUGUCAGGGCUAAUCAGGAGGACGCCCGCAGACACCUGGAGUAUCUUAAGUCGUUGCCCAGCAAACAGGGCAAGUCAGAGGAGUCCUCCACCAUUAGUACUGUGGUAUAGGGCUGAGGGAGCUAAACGUGGGACUUGAAGUGGUAGCCCACACCAAAUAGGAUGGAGCUACAA